AUGGCAACCGGUGAAAAUAAACCGACAACCGAGGGCGAGAUCGGUCAAUCCGAUCAGAUUGUUGAAUAUGACAAGAAAUGUGUUUUCUGUAAAAUCAUAAAUGGGGAAAUAGUAUCUGAGCUCUUGCACAAUGAUGAGGAGAUAUCCUGUUUCAGAGAUAUACAUCCUGGAGCUCCCCAUCACUAUCUGGUGGUACCAACAAAACAUGUGGGCAAUUGUAAAUCACUUGGCAAGGAGCAUGUUCCAUUAGUGGAGAAGAUGGUGGAGAUGGGGAAAGAGAUUCUUCAGAAGAACAAUGUCACUGAUUUCAGUGAUGUUAGGUUUGGGUUCCAUUGGCCUCCAUUUUGUUCUGUCACACACCUGCAUCUCCAUGUACUUGCACCUACCAGUCAGAUGGGCUUCUUUUCCCGCUUUAUCUAUAGGUUAAACUCUUAUUGGUUUAUCACGGCGGAUCAGUUACUCCAAAGGCUGAACUCAAUGAGUUAAAAGUGCAUAAAGUUAGAGGAAGUCAAAUGACAUUUCAUGUUUGAGCUGCCCAGAUCAACGUUACUCAUACAUUAGAGUCCAAGUCAAUCUAUUCAUGAUGUUAAAAGGUGACAGACAAGUACCUCAGGGUUAUAAAUGGUCUUUAAUGCUUUAUUUGUUCUUUUGUAUAUUGACAGACUCUGCCAGACUGGCUAAUCACAUUUUCUGCUAUAAGAUUUCAGCUACAUUUGAAUUAAUUUUAAACAAGCCUGCUGAAUAGUAAUGACAUUGAUAUAUGUGACAGAGUAGACCCAUUAAUCUUUUUUUUGUGUGUGAACACUUGGGCUAUUUCCAAUUUUAAAUAAUAAGAAUAGUGACCAAGACUUUCUAAAUAUGUAUAAGCUAAACAUUUUAAUUAAUCUCAGUGACUGGCUUUGACAUUUGACCUUGCACGAAAAUCAUAGAAUGAAAUACAGUAUUACAACAGGUCCAUUGGACUGCAAGAACCGUAGUUGAAUGAUUUUAGCAUCAAUAUCCUGCUGUCUUUUUGUUAUUCUGUACAGCAUCCAAUAUAAUACAAUUCCACUCCAGUCUGAAUGCCCUCAUAUGGAACUAAAUGAAAUGUUAACACUAACAUUUUUGACAUAGUUAGUGAUUUUGCUGUAAUGCCUGUAUGCUUGACAUGUAUUUAAUUAUUAAAUGGUUGUAAUUAUAUUGUACAGUAUUAUAUUCAGCUAGACUUUUUCAUUGAUUACACUAUCCAGAAAGCUGGAGGUUGUGUUUGAUGGUAAGUUGAACUUCUUUCCCAUCUGAGCAUGCUACACAACUUCUUGUCCAAGCUCUUCUCAAAUCUAGACUGGACUACUGCAAUGGUCUUCUGAUAGGACUUCCUGCAUGCACAGUCAAACCUCUGCAAUUGAUUCAGAACUCGGCAGCACGUUUGGUUUUCUACGAGCCCAAGAGAUCACGUUACUCCUCUCUUCAUCGAUAUGCACUGGCUGCCAAAGGUUGCUCGCAUCAAGUUUAAGGCAUUGAUGCUCGCUUACAGAGCAGCUACUGGUUCUGUACCCCAUCUACACUCACAACUUCGAGUCUAUGUGCCCUCAAAAAGGUUGCGAUCGGCGGGUAAACAACACCUCGUGGUGCCAUCUCACCGAGGCACAAAAUCCAGAACUUUCCUUGCUGGUUGAAUGACCCUACGAACUUCAGCUGAGCAUCUGAUUCUCUAACUACUCUCAAGAAACAUUUAAAGAUGCAUCUCUUUUGUGAGCACUUGACCCAAUCCUACUAAUGCACUUCCUGUUUUCUUUCUUCCUUUAAAAAAUAUAUAUAUAUAUAUAUAUAUAUAUAUAUAUAUAUAUAUAUAUAUAUAUAUAUAUAUUUAUAUUUUAUUCUUUCACCACUGUCUCUCGCCUUCCUCCCUGCUUGUACUUCUCUGAGCUAUUUGAAACUUUGUAUUGCACCGUUUCUCUUGUAAUUGCCUCCUCGGGAUAAAUGACUUUUGCUGUAUUCCUAAUUUGUAAGUCACUUUAAACAAAAGCAUCUGCUAAAUGAAUGAAUGUAAUUGCAGUAAAUAAAAUUAUGUAACAGAAAUGUAAUUAUUCUUUGUAUUUGC